CAUGCUACAAAUAUCCCUGGGCUGACAUUACAGCCAGGACAUCAUAAAGCAUGCGUUCUAACGGCCCAACCAGGAACACCCAGCAUUAUCUAAAGUAAUGGAUCAAGCCUUGGAUAUAGAGCGAUGUGAUUUGGAGAGUAGGAUCAACAAUACUACUCACCACACUGACCAGAAUGGGCUUGACCGGCUGAUAGUUAGAAGGGGCCUGCCCUUCACCAUCACUUUGCACCUCAGAUCUGGGAGUCAGUUCGAAGCAGGCGUCAGCACCUUCAGGCUCAUAGUAGAGAUAGGGCCGUUACCUAAAGAGCAAUCAGGCACCAAGUCUACCUUCAGUCUGACUGACUCUGCAUUAAAGACAGCCUGGAGUGUGUCCACUAAUAGUCCCCCUGGGAAUGUAGUCUCUCUGUCUGUGUCCUCCCCUCCUGAUGUCCCCAUUGGACUGUACUCCUUGACCUUGGACCAGGGCCAAAAGGUCAAACUGGGGGAGUUUGUACUGCUGUUCAAUCCCUGGUGUGCCAAGGAUGCAGUAUACAUGGAGGAAGAGAGAGAUAGGCAGGAGUAUGUGUUAUCCCAGGCUGGUCUCAUCUACAAAGGCACAACAAAACGAAUCAAAGCCUCCCCAUGGACAUUUGGCCAGUUUGAGCCUGGGAUGCUGGACAUCUGUCUGAAACUCCUGGAUGAGAAUCCUAAAUACUCGUCAGAUGCCGAUGCAGACUGUUCUGGAAGGAGAAACCCGGUUUAUGUGACUAGGGUGAUCAGUGCCAUGAUCAACAGUAAUGAUGACAAAGGUGUGCUAGUGGGGAACUGGUCAGGUGACUAUGAUGAUGGCGUGAGACCCUCUCACUGGACAGACAGUGUUGCCAUACUACAUCAGUGGGCUGAUAACUGCUGCCAGAGGGUUCGCUAUGGCCAGUGUUGGGUGUUUGCUGCAGUAGCAUGCACAGUUUCUCGUGCUCUGGGUAUCCCGUGUCGAGUGGUUACUAACUUUGGAUCCGCUCAUGACACGAACAGCAACCUACUGAUUGAGUUCCUGUAUGAUGAGGAUGGGAAUGAUAUAUCUGAUGAUUCCGUAUGGAACUUCCACGUGUGGGUGGAUAAUUGGAUGGCUCGUCCUGAUCUUGAUGCAGGCUAUGAUGGCUGGCAAGCAAGUGACCCCACACCACAAGAAAAGAGUGAAGGAGUGUUCUGCUGUGGCCCUGUCCCUCUGAAAGCCAUUAAAGAGGGGGAACUAAACCUGAAGUACGACGCCCCGUUUGUGUUUGCUGAGGUCAACGCUGACGUGGUCGAGUAUGUGAAGCUGACCAAUGGUAGGAUAGUAAAGAUGGGGGGAUCGUCCAUAGAUGUGGGGCACUUUAUUAGCACCAAGGCUGUGGGCAGUGACGAGAGGCACGACAUCACACACCUAUACAAGCACCCUGAAGGUUCUUUGCAGGAGAGAGAGGUCUUUGAGAGAGCCAAGCAUCACCAUGAGCUCCAGCAGAAAGGAGAGGAACCAGGCCUGAAGGUGAAGAUCAAGGUGUCCCCUGACAUGGACAUUGGGGCAGAUUUGGAUGUGUUUGCAGUCGUCACAAACAACACAGAGGCUGACAAGACAUGUCGUGUUAUGUUUUACGCCCGAAUUGUGUCCUAUGAUGGCAAACCAGGUGCCAAUUGUGGAUUUAUUGAAGACUUAACCAUGGAGGUUCCCACUGGAAAAGAGAAGCGCCUUCCCCUAAGACUGGAGUAUGUUGACUAUGGUGACACCAUAACGUCAGAUAGGCUGAUUCAAUUGGUUCUCAUUGUCAUCGAAUCAAGUCCCAGGGAAUUCCACAAGGCAAAGAGGACCAUUGUGCUGGAGAACCCAGAUAUAGCCAUUAAGCUCCUGGGAGAACCCAGAGUGAACCAGAAGCUGUCUGCACAAAUCUCACUACAGAACCCUCUACCAGAACCCCUGCAGAACUGCUUCUUCAGUGUGAUGGGAGCCGGUCUCACAGAUGGAAAACUCCUCAUACAGAAUGUUGGAACUGUGGGUCCACAACAAGAGGCCAAGUACACAGUGGAAUUCACACCUACUAGCACCGGGUCCAGGACCCUAACGGUAGAUUUUGACAGUGACAAGCUGAGCAACAUCAAGGGAUACUUGAACAUUGAGAUAAAGGAAUGAAUCAUUUAACGGCCAACGACACUAAUGCCAUUAUUAUUUUUUUUUUAAGAAGAGAUUUGCCACAUUUCAAUUGCACUGCCUUACAGUAUUUGAUGACAUCUGUACUUUUGCAUGCUGUAGCACUUAGAUGAGCAUUUCUAAUUAUUCAAGAAAUACAAAUAUUCGAUUUGUUUCACAGAAAUGUGAAUGACCUUUUUACAUUUGUAAAUGCUGUGAAAGUCCAUUGUUCAACAUCAGAUAGCGCAACAAAUCUGUUUGCACUGAAUCAGAGACAAGUGUUGUGUAGAAGUAAAGCCACCUGUCGGAAGACGCUGGUUGAAGUUGAUCAAUUCAAAAUGUCCACCUAAAAAUAUAAAACAGACUCAAUGUAUCAACGUCACAUUAGUCAGAGUAUAAACCAGUCUGGACAGCUGUAGUCAGAGUAUAAACCAGUCUGGACAGCUUUUUUUUCCAAUUGUUCAAUUUUAUUUGUAUCCAUGGAUUUGUUUUGUUUUUACUGAAAAACUACCGCUUUAGUACAUCAUCUGCAAAACAUAAUUUCUUGGGGCAGAUGCCCUCCUAUUACUCCUACUGCAUUUGGUAACAUUGACAAGCACUUAUCUCCCAGGAUCCAUAAUCCAAACUAAAGAGAUGGCAGAAAUCAGAUUGUCAACCAUCGUAAAACUGAGUUAACGAUUGACUCCUGAGGAAGGAAGGACUGCAGUGGUGACAAUGAACCAUGAGCCAGUUCAGAUUCUGCUACUCUGUCAAGUCUGAAUAAUUGGUGGCAAAGCAUAGCCCUGAAAAGCAUCAGUCUGCUAGUUAGUUUGACAUUUGUACCAAGUGAUGCAAUCAUCUGGGAAAGAGAAGAACUCAUCAAAGACCAUUUUAUGGACACGUGUUUCUAAGUGACUGUAAGUCAGUGUCUCCAUCUGCCCCACGUUUGCUCUCAUAACUUCUAUCAACCACAUGUCUGAGGGCUAAAAUAUUUCACAUUGGAUUGAGAAAAACUACCACAUGGUUGUAACGGUAUCGACUGAUGAUUGGUAUGCAUGACAAUGCAAAACAUGUUUGAUGACAGACCUGAAAAGUGUUGAGCUGGAAUAAUGGAAGAUGAAAAUGUCACAACCAAAAUAUAACCUACAUAGAAAAACACCCCCCCCCCCCAACAUUACAAAAA